AGGUCAGCUUGAGCUCGAGACACUCCGCUGGACUGCGCGCGGGAGGAUGCCGGUUCGACGGGGGCACGUCGCGCCGCAAAACACUUUCCUCGACACAAUCAUCAGGAAAUUUGAAAGUCAAAGUAGAAAAUUCAUCAUAGCCAAUGCACGGGUGGAGAACUGCGCCAUCAUCUUCUGUAACGAUGGCUUCUGUCACAUGUGCGGCUACACGAGGGCUGAGAUCAUGCAAAAGCCCUGCACCUGCAACUUCCUGUACGGCCCACACACCAAGAGGCUGGCCAUCGCGCAGAUGGCACAAGCGCUGCUGGGGUCAGAAGAGAGGAAGGUGGAGAUAGCGCUCUACAGGAAGGACGGUGUGUGUUUCCUGUGUUUGGUGGACGUGGUUCCUGUGAAGAAUGAAGAUGGCGUGGUGAUCAUGUUUAUUCUGAAUUUCGAGGUCAUGCCGGACGAUAAAGUGCACGACUCGCAGGUUCUCAAUCAUAAGCUGCCUGUGCUGUGGCGCCAUUCAAACCGAGUUCGUGGCAUCCGUUUGCGUCUGCCGCUCCUGAACUCCAGGAAUAACAGUAAAUCUUCUCUGCGGGAGGAUCCGGAGGCUGGACGAGGAACGGGUUUCCCCAGCAGCUCCCGUCCACAAAGCCACGAAUCCCUGGCUCUGGGCGAGCUGCUGUCUCUGCCUGAACACGAGCCGCCCCGUCUGACCGCCGCAGCCUCUCCGUCCUCACUGCUGCCUGGAGACCAGUGCAACCUCCUGAGCAGCAACCCCUCGUCCCCUCCUCCGGCCCCGCCGCAUCCCGCCGCGCUGCCCCUGGGUCACUCCUCUCCCCGACCGCAGCGGCUCAAUCCGGACGCCUCCGUGUCCAGCUGCAGCCUGACCAACAGCCGCUCGCGCGAGAGCUUUCACAGCAUGCGCCGUGCAUCUUCAGUGGACGAUAUCGAGGCCAUGCGGCCCGAAUGGGACCGGAAGCACCGCGCUCGACCCACCAGCAGCAGCACGGGUGCCAUGAACAGCAAAUCCAGCAUCCUGAACUCUACCUCUGAUUCGGAUCUGAUGCGUUACCGCGCCAUCAGUAAAAUCCCACAGAUCACGCUCAACUUUGUGGACUUCAAACCGGACCCUCUCCUCGCCCUCCCGGCCGGAGAAAUGGACAUCAUCGCACCCUGCAAACUCAUCGACCGCACACACAACGUCACCGAGAAAGUCACUCAGAUUGACCUGUUCGUCCUUCUGUUCUAAACAACACGAUUCACACUUUAACGUCUCUAAUGGCGAGAAAAGCAUCACCGUGAGAUUUUGGCACCCCAGAUAAAGCGCCUUUGCUCAAGGACGGUUUUUGAAGGAAGCUGUUGAUGUCGGUCUGAUGUAAUGUGCUUUAUCUGGCAAACCUGAACUCCCUAAACUGCUGUGUUUGUGAAGAUGAAGUGUUUGAAUGC